CUAUCUGGCACUGGUACUGGCUUCCGGCUGCUCACCCUUCUAUCACCUGAAUCUGUUGUACAUUUGUUAUCAUUUCGUUCUUGGUUACCCGCAAGCAACCAUGCCUGACACAACUAUUUCCCUCCUCUCUGAGUCCAUCUUCAGGAAUAUCAAAGUUGUUGACUCGUACCUCAAGGCCAAUAAUCUUCCAGGCCCAAGCUUCGAUGUUGACGGCCCAACCUUCCUGGACAUCGGAUCUGAUGGAGAGCAUGUCGAAGAAGCUCGUGUAAAGGCCCUGGAGGCGGCUGUGGAGUUGGUCGACCUGCUGCAAGGUCCACUAGCGACUCUGCGUCCUCUGACCAACGGUGCCAGUCUACAAGCCAUCUCGAGGUGGAAUGUCGCGAGCAAAGUGCCCCUCGACGGCGAGGUGUCCUUCACUGACCUGGCCAAAGAAUGUGGUGUGAACGCGGUUGACCUGCGCCGCGUGCUCCGCUACGCCAUGUGCUACCACCGGCUCUUCUGCGAGCCGCGCGAGGGCUACGUGGCACACACGCUAGGGUCGCGCAAGCUGGCCGAGGAGCCCCUGCUGGGCGACGGGCUCUGGCUGCUGGGCGACCUGACGUACGCGGCGAUGCCCAAGACGGUGGACGCGCUCGAGAAGUGGCAGGACCAGGAGCCGUCGCACACGGCCAUCGCGCUCGUCUCAGGCAAGGAGGUGAGCACGUACGAGCUGAUGCAGGAGCUGCCCGGGUUCGCGCCCAAGUUCGCGCGCGCCAUGACCUCGUUUGCCAAGUACAACAACCGGUCCGCCAAGCUGCCGCGCAUCAACUUCGUGCCCACCAAGCCCUUCCAGACGCUGGGCAAGGCCACGGUCGUGGACAUUGGCGGGUCGCGCGGCACAGACGCCAUGCUGCUGGCCGAGAAGUACCCGGACCUGAGCUUCAUCGUGCAGGACCUGCCGCCCAUGAUUGCGAACGCCGAGGCCGCCGUGCCGCCGCCGCUGCAGGGCCGCAUCAAGUUCAUGCCCUACAGCUUCUUCACACCGCAGACGGUGUCGGCGGAUGCGUACCUGAUCAAGCAGUGUUUCCACAACUGGCCUGACCACUACUGCGUGCGCAUCAUCAAGAACCAGAUCCCCGUCAUGAAGCCCGGCACCAAGAUCAUCGUCAUCGACAGCCUGAUCCCUGCGCCUGGCACCAUGUCGCUGAUGGCGGAGAGAAUGGCCAGGGCUUUCGACAUGUUGAUGUUGACGCAAACCAACGGACGCGAGCGCGAGGCCGAGGACUGGAAGCAACUUUUCAAGCAGGCCGACGAGCGGUUCAAGGUGACCAGCAUGCACCCUCUGGCCUCUCCUGUCGACUUUGGACCUGCCACUGGCAUCAUCGAGGUCGUCUGGGAAGGCUGAAGGCGCCAAUCACACAAACACCGCCGUGUACUCUCUUUUCUUUUCCCCAGAUUAUCGCGUGUUGAGGGCGACACGUGUUGUUUUUUUUCUUGUUUUUUGAUCAUUCCAUCUUCGUCAGAAGCUUCCAAUCAUUUAGUUACAAUCAACAAGCAAUUGUAUCUCUCGGUCGUGGCCGCGUAGAUUUCCUC